UUUCUCUGUCGUCUUCUUAUAUAUCACUCUCGUAAAGCUAACAGCACUCAAUAAAAUACUAAUUUCGUAAACGAAUUUUAAGUGAAAAAGUUUUGUUCAUAAUACCUAAAAGAAAGUGAAAGCCGACCCAUGUGAAGAUUGUCGGAGAAGAAACCUUUACCCCACAAAAACAACAACGACACAGUCAUCCUUCAUGAAAUAAUAAAUCAAAUCCUCACCUUUGAUAACGAAUGAUAAGAUUAAUCACCGUCGCCAAAAAUCUUAAUCAAUACUCAAUAAAAACUGCCGCUUCCAAGAAUCUCCUCCUAUCAAGCUAUUAGAAUUUCGGCGCAGGCUCUGAAAACUACAGCUAAACAAAAAAGGUCCUUUUCUAACAAUGACCUCUUUUUUGUUUCCCUUCUUUUAAGCAAAGCGCCCCAUUGCUUUCAAGGUUUGCGUGACGACAUAGCACAAUUGUGUGCGUGAGAGAGAGAGAGCUAGGACUUUCGCUCACUCGUUGCUGUACUACUCUUAUCAACUUUCGCACUAGCUCAUGACAGUUGUCGUUCUAAGGUUGUAGGAUCGAUAGUAAAAAAUCCUGAAUAAUUUCUUGUUUGGUUGUCUUAUUCAACGCUUUUGGCGACCAAAUUUGCGUGUCCAUUCACAGCUUUUACCAUAAAAAUUGUGCUUAUAAGCCAUCUUGCCCUGCAUACUCACUCACUCACUCUACCUACUGCUCUGUUCUCAUGGAGUUCCUUAGAUUCUUCUGCUAUGCUUCAAUUAUUCUUUCAAUUUCAGCUUGUUUGUUUCCAAUUAUGGUUAAUUCAGUUGGUAUCAACUAUGGACAAAUAGCAAACAAUCUUCCAACCCCAGAAAACGUAGUGCCACUAGUAAAAUCAAUUGGAGCAACAAAAGUUAAACUCUACGAUGCAGAUCCAAGAGUCCUUAGCGCAUUCGCAAACACCGGCGUCGAAUUCAUCGUUGGCUUAGGCAACGAGUACUUAGACAAGAUGCGAGAUCCGAACAAAGCCCAAGCUUGGGUCCAACAAAACGUUCAAGCCCACUUGCCAGCCACAAAAAUCACCUGCAUCUUUGUCGGAAACGAGGUUCUCACUUUCAACGACACUUCUCUCUCGGACAACCUUCUGCCGGCGAUGCAAAGCGUUCACACUGCACUGGUUAACCUCGGACUCGACAAACAAGUGACUGUUACGACAGCACAUUCCUUAGCCAUUCUCCAAACGUCGUAUCCGCCUUCAGCUGGAGCAUUCCGUGAAGAUCUGAUCGAUUGUUUAGGCGAAACUUUGAGUUUUCAUCAAAAAACUGGGUCUCCUUUUUUGAUCAAUGCGUAUCCCUACUUCGCUUAUAAGGGAAAUCCCAAGCAAAUUCCGUUGGAUUUUGUUCUUUUUCAGCCAAACCAAGGAGUUAUCGAUCCAGGCACGAAUUUACAUUACGACAACAUGUUAUACGCUCAAAUCGACGCCGUUUACUCUGCUUUAGCUUCUUUAGGUUACAAGAAACUCCCAGUUCAUAUAUCGGAAACUGGGUGGCCUUCAAAGGGAGAUGAAGACGAGGUUGGAGCUACAUCUGAUAAUGCGAAGAAAUACAAUGGGAAUUUGAUUAAAUUGAUGGCGAAAAAAACAGGAACUCCAAUGAGGCCGAAUUCGGAUCUUAAUAUUUAUGUUUUUGCUUUGUUUAAUGAGAAUAUGAAACCAGGUCCCACUUCAGAGAGGAAUUACGGGUUGUUUAAGCCUGAUGGAACGCCGGCUUAUCAUCUUGGUAUAAGUAAUAUCAACGUCGUCGGAAGUAAUACGACCGCCGCUGGAGGUAUUGGAAAUGCCGUGAGGACGCCAUCUUCUCCGACGAGUUCUUCCACUGGUUAUUUGUCUAUUUCUUCCGCAACGCAGGAAAGAUAUCAAAUCGUCGGUCAUGUGCUGCUGGCAUCAUUGUUAUUGACUAAAACGUUGGUGUAGAGACGAAUUCAAAGCUCUUUUUAUUAGAUUUAAGAGAAAACUUAAAAAAAAAGGGCAACGGAGAGGGAAUAA